UCCAUGUCUGUGUACGAGGGAGGAUGCUCAGCGCGAGCCCAGUCUCCCCAGACGCUGGAGGAAAGUAACAGUCGCUGCGUUGUUCUCCCCCGCUCUGGAUCUUACUGGGAUGUGUGUUGGGAGCGUGGGUCCGGCACCAGCGACCCCACCAGCAUCCCCAGCGCUGAACCUGACUUGAAUGACAACUAAAGGGCUCUUUCAGGCGACCGACCAGCACAGGAAUGCGCACAAGUCUGCCGGGUUGCACUCGGGCUUCUUAAAACGACAUUUUGGACCUUUCGGACCUACCUCGUUUUAUAUGUAAACACCCGAACGCAGCCGAGAAGAGCUCUUGAAUUCGUUUCGCUGAAGUGUAUUCUUUAUUAUUUUUUAUUGUGUUUUUUUUUUUUUUUUUUUUUUUGGAGAGGCGCUGGGAGUGUUUCCCCUUUGUCAGGCGUGAACAAGACAAACUUCUACCAUGGCACUGGUUAUGGAGCCUGUGAGCAAGUGGAGCUCCAGCCAAGUGGUGGACUGGAUGAAAGGCCUGGACGACUGCCUGCAGCAAUACAUUAAGACCUUUGAGAAGGAGAAAGUGGGGGGGGACCAGCUGCUACGAAUCACCCACCAGGAGCUGGAGGAUCUGGGAGUGUCCAGAAUUGGCCACCAGGAGCUGAUACUGGAGGCCGUGGACCUACUCUGUGCUCUGAAUUACGGCCUGGAGACGGAGAAUCUGAAGACGCUGUCUCAUAAGCUGAACGCGUCUGCCAAGAACCUGCAGAACUUCAUCACAGGCCGGCGGCGCAGCGGCCACUACGACGGCAGGGCCACGCGGAAGCUGCCCAACGACUUCCUCACCUCCGUGGUCGACCUCAUCGCCGCGGCCAAAAGCCUCCUGGCGUGGCUGGACAGGUGCUCCUUCUUUUUCAGAUCACCCUUUGCAUCUGUGGCAGAUUACUCUGUGACCAGAAACAAUGUGAUCCAGCUGUGUCUUGAACUCACCACAAUCGUCCAACAGGACUGCUCCGUGUACGAGACGGAAAACAAAAUCCUGCAUGUGUGUAAAACUCUGUCGGGAGUUUGUGACCACAUCAUCUCGCUCUCCUCUGAUCCCAUGGUGUCCCAGGCUGCGCAUUUGGAGGUUGUGCAGCUAGCCAACAUUAAAUCCACUGAGGGACUGGGCAUGUACAUCAAAUCCACGUACGACGGCCUGCAUGUGAUCACUGGGACGACAGAAGGAUCGCUGGCAGACCGCUGCAAGAAAAUCCAUGCUGGAGAUGAAGUCAUCCAGGUCAAUCAUCAGACAGUGGUGGGCUGGCAGCUGAAGAACCUGGUGAACCUGCUGCGCGGGGACCCGGCGGGCGUCACGCUGACGCUGAAGAAGCGCCCGCAGAGCACGCUGACGUCGACCCCCGCGCUGCUCAAGAACAUGAGGUGGAAGCCGCUGGCGCUGCAGCCAAUCUUCCCUCAGAGCCCCGGCAGCAGCGUCGCCACACCCACCAGUACGUUAAGUACUCCGUCCAGGAGAAGUAGCUGCGCCCUGCAAGACCUCUACAUCCCCCCUCCUCCAGCAGAGCCAUACACCCCCAGUGACAGUACAACUACUUCCCAUUACUACAGAGAUGACGAGGGAAAUCUGCCAAGUGACAACCCUCAAUCGGACGUCCAAUGUGCCGAGGGAUCCGAGUCGCCGAACUCCUACCUGGACCAGGAGUGCCGGAGGCGAUUUCCUCUGGUGGAGGAGGACGCCAUAUUGUACUGCUACGAGUAUGAGCAGAACCAGGAGGCGUCGUCUGUCCGCAGGGCGAGCACGCCCACCUAUGGCAGGCUCAGGCCCAUCUCCAUGCCGGUGGAAUACAACUGGGCGGGAGACAACGAGGACGUGGCCAAGCUGAAGAGAGAGAGCCGCAGAGAAAACUCCCUGCUGCAUUUUGCCAGUGAGGAUAAAGCUCCAGGGGAGAACUUCCUGCUGGGACGGAGCCUGAGUCAGAACCGGAGGAAGGCUGAGCGAGGUGGGAGCCCCACCCAUUACACGCUGGUCCCCGCCCUGCAGAUGGAGGUCUCCCUGUCCACAUCCAGCUCGGACUCGGCGUCCCUCUACCACGUGUUCGAGCGCUCCUCACUGCUGUCGAGGUCCAAAAAGAAGCCUAAAGCCGCAAGUCCCAUGUCCUCCAUCAGCAAGCGGCGCAUUUCCUGCAGGGACCUGGGCCAGGGCGACUGCGAGGGCUGGCUGUGGAAGAAGAAGGACGCCAAGACCUACUUCUCUCAGAAGUGGAAGAAGUAUUGGUUCAUUCUGAAGGACACGUGCCUGUACUGGUACAUGAACGAAGAGGACGAGAAGGCGGAGGGCUUCGUCAGCCUGCCGGAGUUCAAGAUCGACCGGGCCACUGAAUGCAGGAGAAAGUUUGCUUUCAAGGCUUGCCACCCGAAGAUAAAGACCUUCUACUUUGCGGCGGAAAAUGUAGACGACAUGUCCCGGUGGCUGAGCCGUCUCAGUAUGGCAGUGGCUGGCUACUCAGAGCAGGAGAAAAUUCAUCAGGACCAAGAUUACUGGAGCGAGAGCGAUCACGAGGACAUGGAGAUGCCCCCCAUGCCGAAGCAGGACAGUCCUCCGCCUCCUUACGACACCUACCCCCGAGCGUCCUCCGUGAGUCCGUACCUGGAGCCCAAGCGCGGACACCUCUCCUCCUCCGACACGUUCCACUCCCGCUCCUCUCACGAGGACUUCCACUCUGAGCUCCAGGACGGAAUGGGCAACAACAACGGCGUCUCGCCGGGGCCCCAGACGGGCCACCGGAACUCCUUUCAGGAGCAGAUGGAGAGCAACGCGAGGAUGCAUUACCUCCAGACGUUCCCCGUGGAGGAGUCGCUGCUGUCCGAGGACAGGGACCGGCUGGCCAUGGAGUACCGGCGCCAGUCCACCCUGCCGGCGCAGCGCAGCCUGCUGCAGGAGCAGUACCGGGCGCUGCCGCCGCCCCUCGGGGCCAGCGUGGACUCGGAGGCGGGGGGGAAACCGCGCAGCUUCACGCUGCCCCGGGACAGCGGGCUCCACGCCAUCCUGGCCGCCACGGCCGCAGCCUCGGACCACAGGGACCCUCAGCUCUACCAGCUGGACCCGGCCAGGGAAACAGGCCACGGCCGCGACCACAGGAUGCAGGCCGACUCGCUGGGGGACCUGUACCGGGCCCUGGAGCAGACCAGCCUGUCGCACGCGGGGGACCACCGGUCGGCCGGGCGUCUGGAGUACAAGCGCUCGUUCGUGCGCCGCGUCAACGACCCUCUGCUGAACGACAAGCUGCAUCGCCUGCGGAUCCUCCACGGCUCGCUCAAGAAUGGCCCUCUUCAAGACACCAACCGGUCUCUGGGCUUUUUGGGGUGAACUCCUCCUGGAGAUAGAAGGCACCAGACUCAUCUCUGACCUCCUCCUCCUCCAUCGCCCCCUCACCUCAUACACCUCACGCAAGAGCACAUUUAACGACGAGGGCUGUCGCGGGAGGCACAAGAAAGACGCGGGGGCUUCGUAAAAACACAAGGGUUUUCGUGGCGAGCGCGCGCGCUCCGUUUACGCGUCAGGGACUUUGCUGGCGAGGCUUCAACUCAUCGCUCACGUGCAUGGCUGGCUCCCCUCGCUUCUGUUCGAUCACGCUGCAGCAACGUAUAGCCAACACGAAGGGUCAGUUUUGGAUGUACGCAACUUUUUGUUAUGUAUGUCUAUACGAUCAAUAGGUUUGUGUAUGAGUCUGUGAGUGUACAGGGUGUCCGCAUAUAUCCUGUAUAUAUUUAAUAUCUCAACAGCAGCAGUCACUACACAGUGUUUUGGGACACCUAUACAAAUUGUAUAUCAAGUGCUGUGCCUCAGUGAUUGUGAAUGUACAUUGUACCUUUCAUAGAGAAACGACAGAAUGACAAAAAACACAACGGGGGGCACGGAAACAUAAAGUCUGGCAAUAAUGGACUUGCGUUGUAAAUUACAGAGGAACGAUCAUAAUAGUUGUCUAUUUUUGUAUGCAUGCUGUUUACCUGAUCGUUGUAAAAUAGUUUUGUAUUUCCAAUUAUGUUUGGUCCGGAGACAGCUGCUGUCCAGUCACUUUACCGCAUUGUGUUUUUACAAAUGGUCCCAAAAGUCGUUUUUUACGUGUUUCAGAGAAUUACCUGUAUUUAUUAAGUGUUUAAUGUACGAGCAUGCUUUGAAUAACUAAUACGUUACCAUGCCACUUUACGUUGACUGACAUUGCACAAGUUUGCCACAUUUAAGCUAUAUUACAUUUUUAUUAAAUAAAGUAUGGCAUGGGCACAAAUGA